AUGGAAGCCCGCAACGCUGAAGGUCUCGAAUCAUGUAUUGAGAAGAUUCAGGAGGUGAAAUUGAGCAGUUUUGCAGAGUUGAAGGCUUUUAGAGAACGGAAAGUAGCGUUGAUCACAGGAAUCACUGGGCAGGACGGUUCCUACCUUGCCGAGCUUCUACUCUCCAAAGGAUACAAAGUUCAUGGGAUCAUCCGACGAUCCUCAUCAUUCAACACAGCUCGUAUUGAGCAUCUCUACGGAAAUCCUGUCACUCAUAACGGAAGUGCGUCAUUUUCCCUGCACUACGGAGAUAUGACAGAUUCUUCAUGCUUGAUCAAGCUCAUUUCGACAAUUGAGCCGACAGAGAUCUACCACCUCGCCGCUCAAUCUCAUGUCAAAGUCUCCUUUGACCUCCCGGAGUACACCGCUGAAGUCGAUGCAGUAGGAACCCUUCGUCUUCUUGACGCCAUUCACGCUUGUCGUCUAACCGAGAAAGUUCGAUUCUACCAAGCUUCAACUUCGGAGCUCUACGGAAAAGUUCAAGAAAUCCCACAAAGCGAGCUGACCCCAUUCUACCCGAGAUCCCCUUAUGCGGUCGCCAAGAUGUAUGGCUAUUGGAUUGUGGUGAACUAUCGGGAGGCGUAUAAGAUGUUUGCUUGUAAUGGAAUUCUGUUCAACCAUGAGAGUCCGAGAAGAGGUGAAACCUUUGUCACACGCAAAAUCACCCGAUCUGUUGCAAAAAUCAGUCUUCGCCAGCAAGAGCACAUCGAGCUCGGCAACCUGAGUGCUCUCCGAGACUGGGGCCACGCGAAAGAAUACGUCGAGGCAAUGUGGAGAAUCCUUCAACAAGACACCCCAGACGACUUUGUGAUUGCCACCGGGAAGCAGUUCAGUGUCCGCGAGUUCUGCAAUCUUGCAUUCGCGGAAAUCGGAGAGCAGUUGGUUUGGGAAGGCGAAGGUGUCGAUGAAGUUGGGAAGAAUCAGGAUGGAGUGGUGAGGGUGAAGGUCAGCCCGAAGUACUACAGACCGACUGAGGUGGAGACUUUGUUGGGGAAUCCGGCGAAGGCUAGGAAGACACUUGGUUGGGAGCCCAAGAUUACUGUUCCGGAGCUCGUCAAAGAAAUGGUGGCUAGCGAUAUCGCGUUGAUGGAGGCAGAUCCAAUGGCUUAGGCUUAGAAUAACAUUUUAUUUCCCGUAAAAUUAUAUAAAUUUCAUAAAAUUUCUAUUCAUGGUAAAG